AUGAUGUUUGAUGAGUGGAAAGAAACUCAACAUACUCUUCUUAAUAAGCUGGUUUCGGACGUUGCUGAUAUAAAGAAGCAAAAUAAAGAUAUUAUCAGAAGUAACGAAGAAAUUGAAAAGUCUAUGUCCAUGAUAAAUUGCAUGUACGAGGAAAUGAAGAAAAAAGUUGAAACUCUUGAAGCGGAUCGCAAACAAAGUUUACUGCAUAUAGCAUCCCUUGAAUCAAAACUUGAAGAUAUGCAGAGGGUUUCGAAGGCAUCAUGCUUUGAGAUUAGAAAUGUUCCAUUUCCGGAAAACCAUGAAUCUAAAGCUGAACUAAGUGAUAUCGUUCAUAAAACUGGGAAAGCGCUACAAGUAGCCGUUGAUAAGACAAAUAUAAGAGACGUAUAUCGGUUAAAUGGAAAAUCCGGCAAGGGCACAAUUAUAGCCGAAUUAACUUCUGUUGUUUUGAAGAAUGAUGUGAUGAAAGCUGCAAAAGCGCACAACAAGCAACACUCUGACAGGCGUCUCUGUGCUGCAGAUAUAGGCUAUAAAGGGCUGAAUACACCAGUUUAUAUUUCUGAAGCUCUGACAAACAAAGCGCGAAGACUCUUCUUCCUUGCCAGAGACUUUGCUAAAAACCAGGGCUACAAGUUUUGCUGGACAAGUAAUGGAAGAGUUUUUCUUCGUAAGACGCCAGACUCACCACAUAUUGAAAUAAAAGAAGAAUCACAACUUAUGUCAAUGAGUACUCCUAAAUGA